CGCUGCCGCUCUCCCGCCGCCGCCGACAGUGCCGCGCCUCGGCUCGGCCCGGCCCGGCUCGGCCCGGCUCGGCUCCGCGCGGUUCGGCCCGGACGCACUCGGUUCGGACACGCCCGGCUCGGACACGCCUGGCCUGGACACGCUCGGCCCGGACACGCUCGGUUCGGACGCGCCCGGCCCGGACAGGCUUGGCCCGGACAGGCUCGGCUCGGACAGGCUCGGCCCGGACAGGCUCGGCCCGGACAGGUUCGGCUCGGACAGGCUCGGCUCGGACAGGCUCGGCUCUCCGCGCCAUGGUGCAGCUCGGCGGCGGCCGCCGAGCUCCUCCGGCCCCGGGCGCGCCGCCGUCCUUCAGCAUCGACAGCAUCCUACAGCGGCCGGCCAGGGAGCGGGGCACAGCCCGCUGCGCGGUGCCGGAGGAACAGGAGGAGGAGGAGGAAGAGGAGGGAGAGGGGCCUGAGGAGCAAGAGCCCAGUAAAGGCUCCAGCGACUCGGGCAGCGAGCCCCGCCGGCCCCUGGCAGAGGGGACGAGCCGCGGCCUCGGCCCCGAGGGCGGCGAUGCGGGGUCCCCGCUCCCCACGGAGGGGCUGCGCCGUCCCCGGCAGCCGCCGCCGCGGGAGGCCGGGGGCUCCGGCGCGGAGAACGGCAGAUCGCCGGCGGUGGGCGGCAGGAAGAAGACACGGACCAUCUUCUCCAAGAGCCAGGUGUUCCAGCUGGAGUCCACCUUCGAUGUGAAGCGCUACCUGAGCAGCUCCGAGCGGGCCGGGCUGGCCGCCUCGCUGCACCUCACCGAGACCCAGGUGAAGAUCUGGUUCCAGAACCGCCGCAACAAGCUCAAGAGACAAAUGUCAUCCGAGCCCGAGGGCCCGGGGCCGGCCGAGCCCCCCGGGGAGCCGCAGCCCCCCAGUGCCGCCUCGGCUCUCUCCUUCCCGGCCCUCUACAAGGACAGCCCCCUGCUCAGCCGCUGCCUGCUGCCGCUGCCUUUCCCCCUGCUCUGCCCGGGCAGCGCCAUCCCCUACCUCUGCCUGCCCGGGCCGGGCAAACGCUUCAGCCUGGCGGACGGGGAUGUAUAGCCCUGGCCUCCGACCUUCCCUGGCCGGGAGCCGCCCCGAUUUUAUUUAUGACCCCGCUGUGCAGGUGGAGUGUUCGUCUUCGCCACAGCCACCACCCGGCCCACGGAAGGGCCGCCCGGGCUCCCCCCGCGCGUGUCCGUGGCUGCCGACACGCUGCCAAAGCUCGGAAGGGCGCUGCCAAGCCGCUCUCCCUCUUGCAGCGCUUUUUCGGUGGUCAGGACGGAGGAGAUAACACGGAGCCACCAAAGAAACGGGGACGUGUUCUGCCUGCCGCCCUUCCAAAUUAUCCCGUCCCGGUUUUACCGGAGGGCCGAUGCUCUGCCUCAGGCCGUGGGG